AUGGCUUCUACUGCACCCGCCUUGAAACGCUCAGAAUCCAUUGCAGAUACCAUGCCGGAGGCAUUAAGGCAAAGCCGGUAUCACAUGAAGAGGUGCUUUGCGAAGUAUACACAAAAAGGAAAAAGGUUGAUGAAACUUCACCAUUUAAUGAGUGAAAUGGAUCAAGUUAUAGAUGAUAAAGCAGAAAAGACUCAAUUACGUGAAGGGUUGUUGGGCUAUAUUUUGUGCACAACUCAGGAAGCUGCAGUUGUACCUCCAUAUGUUGCCUUUGCCAUUAGACCCUCUCCUGGAUUUUGGGAGUAUGUUAAAGUAAGCGCAAAUGAUCUAUCUGUAGAGGGAAUAACUGCAACAGAGUACCUAAAGUACAAGGAAAUGACAGUGGAUGAAAACUGGGCGAAAGAUGAAAAUGCACUGGAAAUUGAUUUUGAGGCAAUGAAUUUCUCCAUGCCUCGCCUGACUCUAUCUUCUUCAAUUGGAAAUGGAGUCAAUUACGUCUCAAAGUUUCUUUCUUCGAAGAUGAAUAAUGUCGUAGACAGCACACAAUCUCUUGUGGAUUACUUACUCUCACUAAACCACCAAGGAGAUAAAUUAAUGAUCAAUGAGACCCUCAGCACGGUCUCAAAGCUUCAGGAUGCCCUGAUAGUGGCCGAAGCAGCCCUGUCUUCACUACCAAAAGAUACACCGUAUGAGAGCUUCGAGAUGAGGUUUAAAGAGUGGGGCUUCGAAAAGGGAUGGGGUGACAUUGCUGAAAGAGUUCAGGAGACUAUGCGAUCGCUUUCAGAAAUAUUCCAGGCGCCAGAUCCAUUAAAUAUCGAGAAGUUCUUUGGUAGGCUUCCAUUGAUAUUCAAUGUUGUAUUAUUUUCUGUCCAUGGAUAUUUUGGCCAGGAAGAUGUUCUUGGCUUGCCAGACACUGGUGGGCAGGUUGUUUACGUUUUGGAUCAAGUUGUUGCCUUGGAAGAGGAAUUACUUUUUAGAAUUAAGCAGCAAGGUCUUAAUGUGAAGCCUCAUAUUCUUGUGGUAACUCGACUAAUUCCUGAUGCUAAGGGGACCAAGUGCAAUCAGGAACUAGAACCUGUUUUCAACACAAAACACUCCUAUAUCCUCAGAGUGCCAUUUAGGACUGAAGACGGAAUACUUCGCCAAUGGCUUUCUCGAUUUGACAUCUAUCCUUACCUUGAGAAGUUCACUCAGGAUGCAACUGCCAAAAUCGUUGAAGUAAUGGAAGGAAAACCAGAUCUAAUAAUUGGAAAUUAUACUGAUGGGAAUUUGGUUGCAGCACUCAUGGCUAGUAAACUUGACACAACCCUGGGAACUAUUGCACAUGCUUUAGAGAAGACGAAGUAUGAAGAUUCAGACAUCAAGCUGAAGGAAUUUGACCCCAAGUAUCACUUUUCGUGCCAGUUUACAGCUGAUUUGAUUGCGAUGAAUACUGCUGAUUUCAUCAUCACAAGCACAUACCAAGAAAUUGCUGGAAGCAAAGAUAGGCCAGGGCAGUAUGAAAGCCAUACUGCAUUUACUCUUCCAGGGUUGUACAGAGUUGUUUCAGGGAUCAAUGUUUUCGAUCCUAAAUUCAAUAUUGCUUCUCCUGGGGCAGACCAAACAGUCUACUUCCCUCCCACUGAGGAACAAAAGCGAUUUACGACAUUUCAGCCAGCUAUAGAAGAACUACUUUUUAGUAAAGUUGAUAACAACGAGCACAUUGGAUAUCUAGAAGAUAGAAGGAAACCAAUAAUUUUCUCCAUGGCAAGGCUUGACAUAGUGAAGAACAUUACAGGAUUAACAGAGUGGUACGGGAAGAACAGGAGGCUCAGAGACUUGGUUAAUCUUGUUAUUGUUGGAGCUUUCUUUGAUCCUUCGAAAUCCAAAGACAGAGAAGAAGCAUCUGAAAUAAGAAAGAUGCACAUGUUAACUGAAAAGUAUCAACUCAAGGGACAGCUAAGAUGGAUUGCAGCCCAAACUGACAGGAAAAGAAAUGGUGAACUAUACCGUACCAUUGCUGAAACAAAGGGGGCAUUUGUGCAGCCUGCCUUAUAUGAAGCAUUUGGUCUUACAGUAAUUGAGGCUAUGAACUGUGGGUUACCUACUUUUGCGACUAAUCAAGGAGGCCCAGCUGAGAUUAUCAUCGAUGGGGUUUCGGGUUUUCAUAUCGACCCUAACAAUGGAGACGAGUCGAGCAACAAGAUUGCAGACUUUUUCCAGAAGUGCAAGGAGGAUCCUGAAUAUUGGAACAGGAUUUCCAUUCAGGGACUACAGCGUAUAUAUGAAUGCUAUACAUGGAAGAUCUAUGCGAAUAAGGUUUUGAAUAUGGGGUGCAUAUAUAGUUUCUGGAGACAGUGUUAUAAGAAGCAAGCAAAGAAAAGAUACAUUCAGACCUUUUACAAUCUUCAGUUUAGGAACUUGGCGAAGAAUCUGUUGCCUAAAAAGGAAGAAACUCCACAACAAGAGCCAAAGCAAAAGGAGACUAAACCAGUGUUAUCACGAAGGUCAUCAGAGUCCAGGUUCCGGUUGUUCCGGUAA